AUGACUACAACCUUGGCAAAUGCAGCAACCUAUCCUCUAGACCUCGUCGUGACACGAAUCCAGCUUUCACAACAUAACAGAGCCUACCCAGGAGACGUCCAAACCGCAAAGAACAUCAUUAACAAGACUCUAAGAAAGGAGGGAAUAACUGGGCUCUACUCUGGUCUCGAAAGCGACUCGGUCGCAACGAUGAUGUCAAAGACCAGUCUACUGAAGCGGAAGAGUGCUCGUUCGGGUGUGCUCGAUGAAAAGGCAAAGUUGACGGCCAUGCUGUCGAUUCCAGAAGAGCUCCUUAUUGGCCUCGUCUCUGGUAUUGGGAGCAAGGUCGUCACCACACCUCUUAGCGUCAUAACUGUACACCUUCAGCACGAGGACGAUGCAGACCCUGCAGAUUUAGAAAAGCAAUCAUUAGAGACAUCAGACGUCGAUGCUAAAGAGAGCCGUAUUAGGCGAGUUGUCAAGCGUAUAUACUCCGAGUCUGGACUAGCAGGAUUCUGGAGAGGAAUGUCCACCACGGUCAUCCUCUGCGCCAAUCCCGCAUUAACGAUGCUGUUCAUACAAUUAUACCGACGCCUAUUCCUUCAUGGAAGAGCAAGAGAGCGUCCUUCGGCUCUACAAGGGUUCAUUGGUGGAGCCCUAUCCAACACCUUGGCCGUGACACUGCUUUAUCCACUCAUCCUCGCCAAGACUAGACUCCAAUCACGGUCCAGUUCAAAGAGUAAAUCAGGUCUGGCGUCAGUGUUGUUUGAUAUUGUCGAUCGCCACGGCGUGGCGGCACUCUAUCAAGGUUUACUCGCCCAAGUACUCAAGGGCAAAAAAAUCGGCAACUAUGAUAUACUGCAAGAACUGAUUGAAGCCGAGGACGAAGACUACCCGGGAGAUAUCUUUCUCCGGUGGGCCUCAGAGUACGGCCCUACCUUUGACAUGAAUAUACUAUGGGCAUCUCAAAUCGUGACAGUGCUUUUACAACGUUUGAAAAGUCAGAAAAGUUCCACGACAUGUUUGAAAGCUUUUGGGGUGAUGGAAUCUUCACUACGGACGCACAUGAACAAAAUGCUGGAUGUAUUGAACCGUGCACAUCUCGAAGGAAAGUCGUUAGAUUUACAAGACUUAUUCGCGAGAUAUACUCUGGAUACUGCUACAGAGUUCUUAUUCGGAGUAUCGACGGAAUGCUUGGAAGGGAUCCUAGAGGACGACCCGGACGCUCCUUAUAAUCAAUUCAUGAACGCCUUUAGCGAGGUGGCCGAAAUAGGUGCCAAGCGAAUCAGAAUGUAUGCCAUCUACCGCAAGCACCUUGACGGCUUAUUAAUUCCAUUUAUGUCUAGUGGUUCUACUUGGCCUCUAUUCGAGCUGAGUGGGGACAAGACCGUAGCACCUACAAAGGUCAUCGAUACUUUUAUGAAACCCACCGUCGAACGGGCUUUACGACAAGCCAAAGCAUCUCAUGUCAACUCAUCGGAAUAUACUCUGCUAGAACAUUUGGCUCUCAUUUCAAAUGUCAGGGAUGAGGCUCUCAACAUCUUAUUCGCAGCACGGGAUACUACAUCCUCCCUGCUUACCUUCACUGGUUAUAUACUAAUGGAGCAUCCGGACGUUGCCGAGAAAAUGCGCGCAGAAAUAUUGGAAAUAUGCCCGAGUGGGCGACUGCCUAACGUCGCGGAUAUUAAGAAAAUGAAAUAUACUGAAGCCAUAUUGAACGAAACCUUACGACUCUUCCCACCUGUUCCGUACAACAUACGAAGAAGUACUGAGGCGUGUCCAUUACCCUCACCACUUUCCAAAAUGGGGCAACCUCUUUAUAUGCCAGCAAAGAGUUCCAUCACAUAUAUUCCAAUUCUUCUACAACGUGAUCCCGAACUUUGGGGAGAAGAUGCUGCAGAGUUCAAACCUGAACGUUGGUUAUCUGGUUCCACCCCCACAAAUGCCUUCAUCCCAUUUAACGCAGGUCCCCGUAUCGUAAGUGAAAUAGAACCCGGUCUAUCUGAACAAACACCUCAUUCCUUUAUCAAGUGUCUUGGGCAACAGCUAGCGUAUAUUCAAAUCUCCUAUGUCUGGGCAAGACUUCUCAUGAGUGACAAUAUCUUUGUGCGGGCAGAUAAGGCCAUAUGCCAGUGUGGUGCUACGCGUUAA